AUGAAUGCUCGGAGAGCGUGUGCCUCGUGGGUUGCGCUGAGCCGCGUCAGGUGUAGCGAGCGGCGGUGGCCCAGACAAAUAGUCUCCUCCACAGGACUCUGUCGGUUUGGAAACAGAAUUGACUGCUGCUGGGGCUGGGCCCGAUUGUCCUGGGGACAGUGUCAACCUUUCUACGUCUUAAAGCAGAGAAUAGCCAGCCUAAGGUGCCAGCCCAAAGCUAUAUGCCAGCCAGGAUGCAAACACGGUGAAUGCAUUGGGCCAAACAAGUGUAAGUGCCACCCGGGGUACACUGGAAAAACCUGCAACCAAGAUCUAAAUGAGUGCGGACUAAAGCCGCGGCCAUGCAAACACCGGUGUAUGAAUACCUACGGCAGCUACAAGUGCUACUGUCUGAACGGCUACAUGCUUAUGCCAGACGGAACGUGCUCGAAUGCCCUUUCUUGCUCGAUGGCAAACUGUCAGUAUGGCUGUGAUGUACUGAAAGGGGAAGUACGCUGCCGCUGUCCUUCUCCAGGACUGCAGCUAGGGCCUGAUGGAAGGACUUGCGUAGAUAUUGAUGAAUGUGCUACUGGGAGAGUUAUCUGUCCACGGUUUAGGCACUGUGUCAAUACCUUUGGAAGCUACAUUUGCAGGUGUCAUAAAGGCUUCGAUCUAAUGUACAUCGGAGGCAGAUACCAAUGCCAUGAUAUAGAUGAAUGUUCCCUUGGCCACCAUCAGUGUGGCAGUUUUUCACGAUGUUACAAUACACCAGGAUCCUACAAAUGCAAGUGUAAAGAAGGGUACAGAGACAAUGGAACAAACUGCAUACUUAUUCCUAAUGUUACGAUUGAACCACCUGGUCCAUAUCAUAUAUUCAAGGGCAACAGCACGCACCCUAAGGGAGGCAGUGGUAUAACCAAUAGGAUUCCUGAUGUUGGGGGCCCAAGGAAACCCCUCAGACCACCAUUUGUACCUGCUGUUAUUACAGAAAGGCCAGUGACCAGGCCAACAACUCGACCUACACCCAGGCCAACAACUCGACUGACACCAAAGCCAACCACUAGGUAUGUGCCAGUGACAAGGCCAGUAACGAAGCCAGUGACGAGGCCUCCACCUCCAACACCACCUCGGCCUACAACGUUAAGACCCACACUACCACCACAAAGAACUCCUCUGAUAACAACUGAAGAGCCUUCACGUGUUCCCAUUGAAACUACAUCUUCCCAAGGAAUUACAGAUGACAACAGGAUCCAGAUAGAUCCUCAGAAACCCCGAGGAGAUGUGUUCAUUCCACGCCAGCCUGGAGUGAGCAAUAAUCUGUUCGAAAUACUUGAAAUUGAAAGAGGGAUUACCGCCGAUGAAUUUGAAGCAAACGAUGACCCAGGUGUGCUGGUACACAGCUGUAAUUUUGAUAGCGGACUGUGCGGGUGGAUCAAGGACGAAGAUGAUGACUUGCACUGGGAACCAGUGAGAGAUGCGUCAGGGGGACAGUAUCUUACCAUCUCCGACCCUAAAGGCAAAGAAGGAAGAGCAGCGCAUCUUAUCCUGCCGUUGGGUCACAUGGCUCAGGCCGGCGACUUGUGCCUGUCGUUCAGGCAUAAGGUGCCUGGACUGCAUUCUGGUGCCCUCCAAGUCUUUGUAAGGAAAAACGGCGCUCACGGACCAGCUGUUUGGGGAAGAAAUGGUGGCCACGGCUGGAGACAGACACACAUAACUUUACGAGGACUAGGCAUGAAGAGUGUUAUUUUCAAAGGGGAGAAAGGGAAAGGAAGAACUGGGGAUAUUGGGCUAGAUGAUGUGAUCUUGAGGAGAGGACGCUGCUCUGAAGAGCAUUAGCAGAGACAAUGGACCAGCACAGUCAUCUCCUCUAGCCCUUCUCAUGCUAUUC